AGAUGAAACGUUUGCUUUGUUACAGGUUGGAAGACAGAGUCAGAUCAUUCAAGAUGCAGACGCUCUUGCUUGCGACUGGGUUCGUGCUUUCUGUAGCCUCUGGUUUGCCAUCCAUGAGAGACAGUCUAACCCAUCCAGUACACGUCUACGAAGGCGACGAUGCACUCAUAACUUGCGUCGUCCGGAACAUCGGCGACAAUACCGUGAUGUGGAAGAAGGAAGAUAGGGAAAGGCACAGUAUGCGAGUUUUGACAGCAGGAGAAACGCGAGUUACCGCCGACAAACGCUUUUCCGUUCUGCAUGAUUCAUCUACUUCUGGCGAGGAGCCAUCAGUUCCGUCCGGUGGUGAUGUGUGGGUUCUGGUCGUAAGGAACACAAAACCAACUGACUCGGGAAUUUACGUUUGCGAGGUCAAUAGCAAUCCCAUAGUUCGAAGCUUUCACAAAUUGAGCGUUCUGUCGAAAGCUUUGCAGCCGCCUUCUAAUAGUACCGACGUGAACUUUUACGAAAGCCAAAAGGAAACAUUUAGCAGCAAAAACCACAAUUACACAGACUGCUGCGUAGCCCAGGCCGUGUCACCCAAUUGCCUAGGUUUCUGCAAUAUUCAAAGCAUACUUGAAGGUAAUACUGGACAGGAUCCAGAGCAUUGUGAGUCUGACUUUCCUUCAAUUGUAAAGUGUAUGGCAGACGGAAGGAAUCACAUUCCAUGCUGUAUUCAAGAAAGAGUUCCAGAUAUUUGUCAGGACGUCUGUAGAGGCGAAUAUACUGCAAUUACGGACAAUAUCAAAAGUCACUUUUCUUGUUCCGCAUACACCGAGCAGACCUUAGCCUGUAUAGUGGAAGGAAUUGAACUUCUUCCCAAUCCUCCUGAAGUAGUGGAUGUGGAAGCUUUGAGCGAAAAAUCUAUCAAAGUGUCAUGGUCAAUUCCGACUGCUAACACCGAAUCAAUAACAGAAUAUUCCGUUAAUGUUACAUCACUACAAACAUUCGACGAACAUCUAAUCGAUCCGAACGAAGCCCAUCCAACCGAAUCCACCACGAAAACUUCUCAAACGAUAAACCUGAAGGUUCAAGCUAAUACCAACGAAACAACAAUUGCCAAUUUGACUCCCUUCACAAUGUACGAAAUCACUGUGACUGCCCUUAAUAUCCACGGGUCAUCUUUACCAUCAUAUGCUGUAAGAACUCUUACACUGACUCCCGGUAACAUGAAACAAACGGACGUAGCUGAUGCUCCAAAGCUGCCAGACAUCAAGGGCUGUUGUGCCAAAAAAGGGGUUACACAUUCCACGUGCAUCAAUAAACUGUGCGAUCCAGCUGAAGCUGACGACGCUCAGAUAACUGAUUUGAUGAUAUGCGCUCCUUGGGCUGCAGAUACGUUCAGUUGUUUGACCAAUGGGAUUGAUCAUACUCCAUGCUGCAGGGCCAGAGGCCUUCCUCCACUCUGCCAACAACUUUGUGCUGGCAAUAUUAGUACCAUUGAUUUCAACUACUUCAAAUGUCUCAGAUACAUGAGUGAGUACACAAACUGCUUGCUACAAGGUUACGGCGUUUUGCCAAGUGCUCCAGUCCAAGUGCGCGUAACCAAUAUAGACACUGAAUUUGCAAUAUUACAUUGGUCGCCACCCAGAACCUUGGGGGACACCGUUAAACAUUAUAACGUACAUUACAGAACGUUUACUAACUACGACAGCGACUAUCAAACGAUUACAAGGGUUCACAGUCCAUAUAUCCUUGAAGGACUCGAAAGUGAUACGGACUAUGAAUUUUACAUUGAUGCAACAAACGUUCACGGUGUGAGCGAACCCAGUGCUAGAAUAGCUUUCAGAACUGAAAGUAAGAUUGUCGAAGAAAAAGUUGAAGAGGCAUCAACGUACAAUGUCACAGCGUGUUGCGUUGAAGCUCAGUUGAAUUCCGUCUGUCUCCCGCUUUGUUCGUACGAUGCCAAUAUGAGCGAUAUUAAGGCCCUUGCUGGAGUUUGCAGUGAAGAAUUUCACAAAAUAUUAAAGUGCGGAGCUGGGGGCCGAAAUCACGGAUCCUGUUGUACCAGGAGGGGUGUUCCCCAUUCCUGCUUGCCUCUGUGUGCCGGCGUUAUAGCUGACAAUCUCAUACUCACUGCGACCACGUGCAUUCCCUUUAUUGGCAACAUUGCCCAAUGUUUCGAAGAAGGUACAGAUUUGCUUCCUGGGCCAAUUAAAGAACUCCAUGCUACAGUAACAGGUGACGACGUUAUCGAAUUGGAAUGGGAGGGCCCAAAUGAUGGUAGUAAUGUUACUGAUUACGUUGUCCAUUACAGAAAAACUGAUAAUACAUCAUUGCAUGAGACGCCACUAAAAUUAGAAAAUCAACUAAACGUUACCGAAACAUUUGCCACCCUAACGGAUUUGGAAGAAGGUGCCUUGUACCAAAUAUUUGUUGUGUCUAAAAAUCAACACGGUACUUCGUUACCUUCGUCUACCAUUCUCAUAAACGUUACCUACAAUGACGAAAAGUCUGUUUCCGCCGUAACAUCGCCACCCCACGCACUCGCUGUAGCCACUCACAGUGCCACAUGGGUUACAAUCACAUGGCAACCUCCCUACUUCAGCCAUCCCACUGAGCAAGUCUCUUACAUGGUUUAUCAUAAGUCCUCGUCAGAUUCGAAGUACAGUAUUUCAAACACAACUGUUACCUCGAUUAUGUUAAAUGGAUUGAGUCCGAACACUCAGUAUAUUGUUUACGUGACAGCAGUAACAAAGAAAGGAGAAAGUUUACCAUCGGAAACGUUGAUAGCAUGGACCGAUCCUGCAUAUCCGGCAUAUGUGGAGCCACCCACUGUUCACCCAAUAAAUUUGGUAAUGGAAGGUAGCAGCAUGACGAUCCUCUGUAUCGCAAUGGGCACCCCAAUGCCAGUAAUCUCCCUGUAUAUAUCUGGAAGACUAGUCAGACAAGAAACUACCAGGCACAUGGUAACGGUAAUUCACAAUGUGACCAGAGACAUGGAUCAGAUAUCUUGCUAUGCUGACAAUGGAUAUGGAACACCUAUGCAAGCGUCCAAGAAGAUAACCAUCAGCCAUGGACCUCACAUACAAGCAAGUGGCAUAACAAUGGCAGCCAUUGGAGAUACGGUUACCUUGGAGUGUAAAGUUGAUGCUCAUCCGAAACCAAAGAUGGUCUUUUGGCGUAAUUAUGAUCAAAGGGAACCGGUGAUACACGGUGGUAAAUACGAGAUAAAGACUAACCAAAUAAAAGAUGAGGAAGACAAGUAUAUCAUGCAACUCACAAUUCACAGCAUCGGAGACGUUGAUACCGGAGAGUACUUUUGUCAUGCAGAAAAUGCAUUUGGAAGUGUAACUCAGCCAGUUUCGGUUCGAAUACGUAACGUGGCAGCAACUCAUAACGUCACUCAAUGUUGCAUUGAACAAAACGUUUCGUCGACAUGUAUGGUGGCAUGUUCCUUCUACCUGGAUAUCGACUCUGUCAUUGAUAAACCCGAGUGCAUCAAUGAUUUCGAUAAACUUAUGAAAUGCGCAGCCGAUGGUUCCGAUCAUAGAAGCUGCUGUACCCAGAUGGGAGUUCCAAGAAGAUGUCUCGAUUGGUGUCGCGGAGAGCCCCUACUUAACAGCAGAGUUUGCGUCUUAUCGUACACCAAAACAAUAAUGGGUUGUUUCCAUGAAGGAAGGAAUAAGCUGCCGGGACCUCCACAAAACGUCCGCGUUGAACAUUUGGAUGCCCAUUCCGUCAAGGUGUCGUGGGAUCCGCCAAUCAAGAACCCACAAACCGUUGAAAUGUAUCGAGUAAUAUGGAGGGUUACCGAUGGGGAAUCACGAAUCACCCAUAAGAGUGACACCUCCGCUUCUGAAUUCGUUAUAGGUGGUUUACAAGACGGAGCCACUUAUGAAUGCUUCAUCAAAGCUGGAAACCAUAAAGGAACCUCCACAUUGACGGAGCCUUUGAGAUUUACCAUGGGCGAUAAGUAUAUAACCACAUCGGCCAGUCAAGGAGGUGAUUAUUCGCAUGUCGGGGUAGCUGUUGGUGUAGUACUAGCCUUAAUUGUUGUUGGAGCCAUUGUCGUGGCGACUCUGUGGCUCAUGAGAAACAGAAAAAUCUUCGCGAGAAAAACAUCCAGUGGAGUUGCAUUUGAAAAUCCAAGUUAUCUAAGAGAAAUGAACAUGGAUCACGUACAGAAUAACGGUGAUGGAUCUAUUCCGAAUGGUACGGCAAAUGGAGGCAUUGUUUCUGACGGCGAGCACGGUUGGAAGCACGAACCUUUACAUGUACCAGCGCAAACGGAAGUCAAUCCCACACUGUACGAAGAAUUGAAGUUAGGCCAAAACGGUGCAGGAUUUAAAAGACUGAAGCCAUAGUAUAAAGCUAACUUAAAAAACGGCGACGAGUCCAAAUUUUGAAUCCCUACCUAAUUAACAUUCCGUAAUAUGUGUGAUAUAAGUGAACGGUAGCUUGGACCAUGGUGACUGGAAAGUAAAUGUGAUUUUCAGCGAACGUUAGUGGUAUUUUGGAGAGUUUUAUAAAAUAUUCUGAAACGGACGGCACUUAAGUACCAUGCAAUUUAUUAUUCCAAGUGUAAUGGGCUCAAACACCUUUUACUUCGUGGGUAUGCGUGUGUGUAAGUAGCAGGCACCAUCUUCACUUAUUUUUGACGGUGCUAGAGGAUAACAUUCCUUGUCCAAUAUUAUCAAUCCAUUUGCAACGCAAUGGAAGGAAUCCUUAUUUAAGUAUUAGGUAAAGAAAAACAAAGCAUGUUAACAAACAGUUGCAUUUUUUUUUGCAUAUUUGUUCUGUAAUAUUUAGUUUUAAAUUAAAAAAAAAGCAAAUCCUUUCAAGUCUCUUAUCGUAUUUAAUUGUUGAAUAAUCUAGCGCAUGAUGGACAAUUACCUUGCGUUAUCGUCACUUUUACAUGCUAAAUACUAUAACAUAACAAUAAUUACGGUGCAAUUAGUACGUUUAAUUAUUGUCCAUCAAACACCAUCAUAAAAUAUGUACAUAAUAGUUGUUUUCUAGUCAUUUUGCUGUAAUGGCUGUUGUUAUUUUAUUCAUCCGUAGUAAGCAAAUGAAAGCAAGUUGAUGCUCUCCUAAUAAAAUAUCUAAUUUACCUUCUAAUAGGACGAAGACGUAAUUUGAAUCUUUCUUAUCCGUAAAAGUACUAAUAAAUAUAGGUGUAAUUUCUAUUUUAGUAGUAGACGAGGUAAUAUAUCACUGUGCCUUUAUAUUCACUACAGUAGAACAUCAAAAAUUAACAUGGACGAAAAACAAUAUGUAGAUCAUUUUGUAAAUAUAUGUUAAUGUAAGUUUA